AUGAACAAAAAUGGAACAGCUAAAAUGAAUGAUAAUCAAAUAAGAGCCGAAGGUAGAAGGUUAUUUAAACGCUUCUAUAACAUUCCUGAUGGUGUUAAUCCUAAAACUCGUAGAAGUUAUUUAAAUGAAGCCAUAGAUGCAUAUGAAGGAUUUGACAUUUCAUCAGAAAGUGAGAGGUUAGCAAGAAUGUUAAACGUUAAUAUUGAUUUUUAUUAUUGUGACCCUCAACCAGAAGACGUAGACAUUAACAAGGUAGACUUUCCAUUAGUGGAAUCAAUAAUGAUAGAUCCAGAAUUUGAAACAGUAAAUAUUUUAUUAACACAGAGUCCAUGUGGAAAACUUCACGCUGACAGAAUUACAGACGUUGAAGCACUCACAGGAUAUAAAGUUUGCCCCUUUUGCAAAGAAGAAGUAUAUUCUAUCCGUGAUGAUCCAGAAAGGAAAAACCAAAGAAGAUUUUUAAAACAUUGUGAGAAAUGUAAAGAAAAUAAUGGAAGAUUAAUUCAAGACGUUCAAUUGCAAAACACACAACAACCAUAUACACCACAUAUCACGAAACAGAAGAUAUAUCAGUGGUUAUUAGCACAUAAUUUGCAGGAAUAUUAUAAACCAACAAGAUAUUAUAUUACUUUUGACUUCGAAACAUUAGAGACUAAAGAAGAACUUCAACUUUCUGAAUGUGCAACUUUGAACGCUUACUUAAAACCAUUUAUGGUAUCAUCAACUGUCAAAAUAAAGCCGCAAAGCGGCGAGGUCGUAGACCGUGAUAAAACAUUUACGAGGAAUUUUUGCUUAACAUCAAGUGAUUCGUUCAUCUCUGAUUGGAUUGAAUUUUUAUUUUCAACCUGUUCAUUAGUUGCUAAAUCAAAUAUUGAACAAUAUGAAGAAUUAAUGAAUACAUUAAAUGAAAAACAGAAGGAAGCAUUUAAAGAACUUCUAGAUGAGGAAUUCAAUAAAGUGAAUAUCAUAGGUUUUAAUUCGGGAAAGUUUGAUUUAAAUUUAAUUCUUCGUGAUUUAAACACUGCAAAAUGGAAAAUAAAAUCAAUGCUGGGUUCAUCUUCACAAUUUAAGCAAAUCAUUGUAAAGAAAACAAACGUUCCAUAUGAAUUGAGAUUUAUUGACAUCAGAAAUUAUAUAGUGGGUGGGACAUUAGACCAAUUCACUCAAGAUUUCGGAAAUAAUAAAACACGUGUUAAAUCCUUUUUCCCUUAUCAAUUCAUCACAUGGGAAAAUUACGAAGAAGAAUUAUAUAAAGAGGAACCAUUCACGAAAGAUUCAUUUUAUUCAGCAUUAACCCAAGAAACUAUAUCAGAUAGUGAUUAUCAAAUAUAUCUCAAUGAUGCUAAAAAUUUUAAGAAUAGAUUAGAAUAUUUUAUUCAUUAUUGCAAUAAAGAUGUUGAAAUUAUGAUUGACCCAAUUGAUAAAAUUAUUGAAGAAACAUUUGUUUAUAAAAUUGACAUGCUUCAUAAUCUUUCUUUAUCAUCGAAUGCUUCAAUGAUUCGUUACGCUUUAGCAUAUAAAGACUUUAAUCCUAAUGAAAAAUAUCCUGAGGAAGAGAUAGAAUCAAGUUUUGAAUUAACGAAAAAGUAUUGGAAAUAUAAAAUUGAAUCAUAUAAGAAACAAGAUGAAAAGGCGAAAAGAGAUACUAAAAAUAAUGUUUCAAUGGAUGAUUUUCAAUACUAUCACGAUUUAAUCCUUUCAUCUAAAUGCAAAAUGUGUGGUAAAGCGUUUACAUAUGCAAAUAAACCAACAUUGGAUAGAAUCGAUAAUGAAAAACCACAUACCAAAGAAAAUUGUCAGUUAAUGUGUUGUUAUUGCAAUGUCGUAAAAUCAAAUAAAGAUGA